GCGGCGCGGUAGAGAACGACAGUCGAGUUCCGUAAAUUUCAAGAUUGCACUUCGAUGGUCCUAAAAUAACAACAAAUGGAGUCAAAAAAAUCAUCCUGAACUGCAGAAUCAAAAGCACAUGCCGUUUCUCCGACCACGUGGGCCGCACGUUAUUCGAACAAACAAGUGCCAGAGAACGUAACCCACGAGGACCGUAGACAGAUCGAAGACUGUUGGGCAGAAAUUCAUCCUCAAACCACUCCAUAAAAUCCCUAAAAUCAAGAAAAAUAUGAAGGUAUGAGUUAAUAACAGUGCAAAGAGAAUGAAAAAAUGAUUCUCUCGUAGUGAAAUUCAUCUAACCUGCACGAGUAAAAAAUCAAAAGAAGGAGGAGAACAAAUAUUAAAUUAGAGGAAGAAAAAAAAACAAGAAAAGAGAAAAUGAUAAAUUACAAAAUUUUCAAGUUACGAGCCUCACAAUGCAGAAAUUAGGUCACCCCUCCCCCGUGAUCUCAUCUGACCUUCUGCAAACCCUCUGCAAACCUCAAAAACUCCGCAAAAAUGUCAGCAGUUCUCAAGAACUGAGCCACCACUACCACAACGUCAUUCUCCCCGCAAAAACUGUAAAACUGUCAAAUAUUAUGGCCGAAGAAGAGCCCACAUGCAAAAGAUUCAAGCCUACGAUUCCGUUGGACCACAUCUACAACCCCGAGUUCAAGUCUCUGUUUCAGCGGCACUGGCUCGAGUUCACACCCCUAAAAAGCUCCAGACUGGAGAUAAUAACCACUCCAUAUCGUGUCUGCAAGAUUCCAAAUUUCAUAAGAAAUGAGGCAUUCAUGGAGGAAUUGAAAAAUGAGCUGUCAGUGGUGAAGAGCAGGAGAGAGGGGAUGGAUCUCUACUGCUUCGAGCAAACAGAGGACCUUGGAGACGUCCAAACAGAAUACAUACAUCGACUCCACCAGGUUUUUGAGAACGACGUGAGAAGUUGGAUUGAUACUAAUGCAGGAAUUGGACUGAGCACCAUAAUUUCCAUGUUUUCGUCCUGCUACUGUGACACUGAUUACUUCCUCUGUCACGACGACUACAUGGCCGACCGAAAAAUCGCCUACGUGCUCUACUUGUCCGAGAACUGGACCCCGGAGGACGGUGGAUCACUCGAUCUCUUCGACACUGACUCCCUGGACCGUCCAAGGAACAUCGUUCACUCUCUCAUUCCUGAGUACAACUCUCUGGUCUUCUUCGAGGUCACCAACACCUCCUACCAUCAAGUUGCAGAAGUUAUAUCACACGAUAAGAGUAGGUGGACCGUGCACGGCUGGUUUCACAGCCCAGUCAGCCGUGACACUCGACCCCCAAGACCAGCAGUCGAGUUAACGUUCCACGAACCUUCAGAGACUGAUGGAGAAUUGAGUUCUUGGAUCAUGGACUCUUACCUCUACAAAAAUAUUGUGAUUGGAAUUCAAGAGGAUCUCGAGAAAAAAUCAUACAGUCAUCUUGCUCAUUUUCUCAAGGAGGAGGCCUACAUGAGGGUUUCCACUGAGUUGAUAAGCGAGGAGAUCAAGUGGAACAGAGUUGGACCUGCUGAUCGUAGGAACUAUGAGGUAGCUGAUGAGACGACCCUUCCAAGUACAUUGAGAAAAUUCUACGAGAUGUUCAAGUCAAUCGAGUUCUUCAGGCUGUUGAAAAAUUAUACCGAAUUGGAACUCGUUCCUGAUGGCAAUGCCAUGAAGCCCAAGAUGGUGAUUGAGCUGCAGAGGUGGUCCAAAGGAAGCUAUACCCUGAUCUACGAGCCCGAGGAAUUGGACCAAAAUUAUGGGAGUAUUGUUAAAGAAGUGGAAAGACCCAAGACAUAUAUUCCCAAGAGACGAGAGGUCAGCGAUGAAACUGUUGAAGAUCUUGAGAGGCUCAGGAGGAGGAGUGCCAAUGGCGUGAAGAAAAUAUCGACAGCCAGUGGGGUCUACACCAGUAGCAGUGACAACUCUGAUGAUGAAAAAGGCAAAAUCACGAAAAUGAAGAGGAGGAGAUGGAGAGAUGAUCAGCCCACGUGCUCCAGAAUCGAGGAUUACGAGGAGAAACAGAGAGAUUUAUCUUUCCACCCUGAUUCUGAUGAUCCUGAUGGCUCUGAUAUCGCUGAUUCUCUGUCUGAUUCGUCAAAGUACACGGAGACUGAUGACCAGUCUGGUGAUCCCGUCGUUGAGCCAGGUACAUUGGAUGUUAUCAUGCAAUUCAAUACGACUCAUGGAUCUGAGGAUGAGACCAUUGAUUUCGUUGAUCCUAAGGAGCAGGAUACGGCAAUUAUUCAUGUACCGAGUGAGGAUAAUCAUCUCUAUUUAGUUCGAAAAACACCUGACACCUGCAGACUACAAAAGUAUGUCAAUCAUUACUACGAGGGAUAUUUUUACAAUCUCAUUUGCACUUAUUAUGAAUGAAACGAAUCAUAUUUUGAUUUUCUAAUUGGGUGGUUUCUGGGGGAGGUAAUGGAAAGGCUGUUCAAAAAGUCAGAUCGAUAGAUGAGGAGAGAACGAAGGAAUAAACACGACAUGGUCUCGUUCCCCCUCUACUGUAUACUUGAAUUUUGUUGUUUCUCUCAUCUUGAUUCAUUAAUCUUCAAUGAUGUGACAAAAAUUUGUGUACUGUCAAGUUUCUUUUAAAGAUAACUAUAAUGUCAAAACAUGUACUGUGAUUCGAGAUGGCAGUUGAGCAAAUUGGCUUGGAUUUUUUUUCAAUUUUAUGGUUUGAGGAACAGAUUUUAAAUAAUGAUGGUCAACCUUGGGGAUCAAUUCUGAUGUGAUCCUUCACGUGUAACAUACUCUUUGUAUGAAUAAAAUUAUCAGUAUUUAUGAUCAA